AUGCUUACUUUAGAGGCUGCUUUAACGGGUGCCGUGGCUUCGGCAAUGGCUAAUAUUGCAGUGUACCCUUUGGAUCUAUCGAAAACGAUUAUCCAAUCGCAAGUUGCUCAUCCUGAUGCAAGUGAGCCUGAUAAUGUCGACAAUAAGCUGGCUAAGAAGAGGUAUAAGAAUGUCCUUGACUGUAUGAUAACUAUAUUCAGGGAAAAGGGGUUUUUUGGUCUAUAUCAAGGUGCGACGGUUAUUACAGUGGCCACAUUUGUUCAAAAUUUUUGCUAUUUUUUUUGGUACACUCUCAUUAGAAAGUCAUACAUGAAAAAUAAGCUACUAAGACCGCAAUUGUUGAAAAGGCAUGCUAGUUCUGGCACACCUUCCACAAUCGAAGAAUUGGCUCUGGGAGUGGUGGCUGCCAGCAUAUCGCAAAUCUUCACGGGACCAAUGGCCGUGGUGGCUACAAGACAACAAACUGUCAACUCUGUAGAGUCCGCCAAGUUCAGUAAUGUCGUUAAGGAUAUUUACAAUGAAAAUAACGGAGAUUUGACUGCAUUUUGGAAAGGUUUGAGAACAGGUCUAGCGUUGACUAUAAACCCGUCCAUUACAUAUGCCUCAUUUCAAAGAUUGAAGGAAGUUUUCUUUCAUGAUCAUUCUAACGAUGUGGGCAAUCUCUCAGCGGUCCAGAAUUUUGUAUUGGGCGUUCUUUCCAAGAUGAUUUCCACGUUAAUCACGCAACCUUUAAUUGUUGCCAAGACAAUGCUUCAAAGUGCGGGUUCGAGGUUCACUUCUUUCCAAGAAGCGCUUUUGUAUUUAUAUAAAAACGAAGGGUUAAAAUCACUUUGGAAGGGGAUCCUUCCUCAGCUGGCAAAGGGUGUAAUUGUGCAAGGUUUGUUGUUUACAUUUAGGGGAGAAUUGACUAAAUCGUUGAAGAAACUCAUUUUCCUGUACUCUUCAUUCUUCCUUGAACGCAACGGACGCCAUAGGCUGGUUUCUACUUGA